GCAGCUGGCGCCAAACUCGCCGGUCCCCCGGGCGGUGCACGUUCGCUCCCUCCUCGGCUCCGGGAUGAUUGGCCAGAAGACGCUCUACUCCUUCUUCUCCCCAAACCCCGCCAGGAAGCGAAGUGCCUGCAGCCAUGAGCCGGCCGACCCGGGGACCCGCGCGGCGGCUGUAGCUGCGAGCGGGGAUGUGGAGGCCAGCCCCGCCAAGAAGAUCCGAGCCGGGCAGGAGGAGCCCGGCACGCCGCCCUCGUCGCCGCUGAGCCCGGAGCAGCUGGUGCGCAUCCAGAGGAACAAGGCCGCCGCGCUGCUCAGGCUCGCGGCGCGCAAUGUGCCCGUGGGUUUCGGUGAGAGCUGGAGGAAGCACCUGAGCGGGGAGUUCGGGAAACCGUAUUUUAUAAAGCUCAUGGGAUUUAUUGCAGAAGAAAGAAAACAUUACACUGUUUACCCACCCCCACACCAAGUCUUCACAUGGACCCAAAUGUGUGACAUAAGAGAUGUGAAGGUUGUCAUCCUGGGACAGGAUCCAUAUCACGGACCCAAUCAAGCUCACGGGCUCUGCUUCAGUGUUCAAAGACCUGUGCCGCCCCCGCCAAGUUUGGAAAACAUUUAUAAAGAGCUGUCUACAGACAUAGAUGGUUUUGUUCACCCUGGUCAUGGAGAUUUAUCCGGAUGGGCCAAGCAGGGUGUUCUCCUGCUCAACGCCGUCCUCACAGUCCGGGCGCAUCAGGCCAAUUCUCAUAAAGAGAGAGGUUGGGAGCAGUUCACCGACGCCGUUGUGUCCUGGCUCAAUCAGAACUCGAAUGGCCUUGUUUUCUUGCUCUGGGGAUCUUAUGCUCAGAAGAAAGGCAGUGCCAUUGAUAGGAGGCGGCACCACGUCCUGCAGGCCGCGCAUCCCUCACCGUUUUCAGUGUACAGGGGGUUCUUCGGAUGCAGGCAUUUCUCUAAAACCAACGAGCUGCUGCAGAAGUCUGGCAAAGAACCCAUCAACUGGAAGGAUCUGUGACCUUGACCCUGAGGGUCGUGGGUCUCUGUGGUUUGCUAGAAGCUGCCAUUGAAGUACCCAUCAUUUAUGACAUCAAAGUCAAAAAACAAUUUCUCAUAAUUCUUCAGCACCCUGCCUGCACAAGGGAACACAUUUUCUGUGGAGCAGCCGUGAGCCAGGCUGCCCCAUGGUGGCAGCUUUACCCCGCCAGAAACACAAAGGUCACCCUGCAACCUCUGGCCUGGAAUACGCCCUCUGUGGGUUAGGUUCUUGGAAGGGAGAUGAGGUCAGAUACUCUGGACUCUCUUUCCCUUUGUUACUUUUAUGGUCAGAGUGGGGGUAAGCACCUUUUUGGUACAGCCAGCUGCUACUUGUUUUUACCUGGUAGGUUAGACUUUAGGUUUUGUGGUGUUGGGUGUUUUUAUUUGGAAAGGCCCCCUUUCUUUGCCCAGCUUGGCAUUCCAGUCUCUGUCACGGACACUGGUCUGUCGUCUUUCACAGAGACCUCAGGAAGCCUGAGGACGUUUUACAAGUUCCCAGAGAUUAGGGAUCGAGAUUUCCUGGCUGUAGUUGAGGUGACGUUUGCUGAGGAACCAUGCUUGGUGUGAACUUCUGAUAGGCAGAGGCAGGGGAGAUUGAACUAGGUCUAGUUUAUAUUGUAAUUCUGUGGGUGUUUUUAGGAAUAAGCUGUGGAGGAUGAACAGGAAGGAGGAGAAAGUUCGUUUUGUUUUGUUUUUGUUUUUUAAGAGGAAAGAAAUGCUUUUUUCUUAGGUGCAUCCCACCUAGGGUAUUUGAGCCAGCAUAGACUGCCAGAGCUGUUUUUUCUGGGUGGGGGUGGGGGGUGGGGUGGGCUGAAGUCGCUGGGAUUUUUUUUCUGCAACACUGGUGAAUCUUGCUUUUUAAAAAAGAUGUGCAGAUGUGUAUAUAUGUAUAUUUUUUUAAUCCUUUUUUUAAGAGACAGUGUUUAUUAGGUGUACACCUCCAUCCCAGAUCCGGUUAGAGACUCUGUUUUGCUGUUAGCUGGGUGAAAGGGUUAACCCUGCGAGAGUAUGGUAAUAAAAGAUUG